AUGUGGAGUACGAUUAUGAGUUUUGUAAUUGGAAAAGCGAUUCGAAGUAGCAAUGUAGAAUAUACUUGGGGUGAAAUUGAAUUAGAUUCAUCAGCAUUAAGAAAGGACAGUGGCCGUGAUAUUUUAUCUUUACCCAAAGUUGCAACAGGGCAUAAAGGAGAUAGCACAGGAUUAUCGAAAGAUGGUCGUGAAUGUUUUGUUAUGGAGAUUUCCUAUGCUCCCCACAAUUCAAAUAGACGUAAAACAGCUGAAGAUCUAUAUAAACUACUUAGAGAGAUGCGAGAUAUGCUACAUUUAUCUAAAAAAGAAAAACGUGAGUUGGGAUAUAAAAUACCAAGAAAGGGUUUACGUGUAUAUGGUUCACAAUGUUAUGGAUACAUCCAAGAUUUAUAUGAGAUGGAGUAUAUUAAACCUUUUUACAUUGCUCGAAAAAUUGGAUCUAUAAAGAUUAUCAACGAUGACAUCACAAAGCUUGAUUUUGUUUUACGAAUGAUCUGGGCAUUUAAAGAAAGAAUUGCUUUGGCUAAUGAAAUAUGGAGUAGUUUACCAAGUCGGUAUGAAAAUGAUACGUUAGAAUCAUCAGAUGAUGGUGAUAAUUUCACAAAGACGACCCCCAAAAAAACCCAAAAAAGCCAGCAAAACGUAACGGUCAAUGAAAUCAAGUCUUAA